AUGCGCCGCACACGGCCACGGGCCACGCGACGACCGCCGGGCAGCCCCCUCCCGACGGCCGCGGCGGCAGUGACCGUGGCGCGCCACGCCGCGCGCCACCCCGGCCCCUCGGGGGACGGCGGAGUCCGGGGGAGACGGGAGGCGCCUCCCGACUCCCCGCGGGCCCGACCGCCCCGACCCCAAGGUACCUGGAAAGGGGAAGGCGGGCGAGGGGCACGGCGCGCCCCCACGGGCCACCGCCCCGACGCCGACCACCGACCGCCGACCACCGCGCCCCCGCCCGAAGCCGCGCGCGGGCCUCGGCGCUGCCAGCCCGUGACACACGGGGGGCCCCCGCCGCGCGCCGGUCGACCGCCGCCCGGAGGGCCCCGCCGGGCGCCGGACAGCCAGCCCCACCGGCCCCCCCCGGAACGGGGCAGAGCCCAGAGCGGCGGGACGACCGACGACGACCGGCCGAGGCGGACCGGUCCAGGGCCGGCGACGCGGGAGGCGACGGGGCAGGGCGAGCGGCCCCACGACGGGGAGAGCCGCCGCCCGUCACGCCGCACAGCCCGCGAGACGCGACCGGAGGACCCGCGCCGCGCGGGGUCCGCGGGCCGGGGUGGGGGAGAGGCGGUCGUGGCCGGCGCCACGGGCGGUGGGGGCGGGGCGGCGGAGGCCGGGCGGCGAGGACGCGGCGACCGGCCCGCGGGGGGGGCGAGACCGGGGACCCCCGUCCCGCGCUCGGGCGAGCGCACCGGGGCGGGGGGCGCCCCCUCGUCCGGCACGCGACGGCGGCGGCGGCGGCGGCGACGACACGGGCGACGGAUCGGGGCCGCGGCGGGCCCGGGAAGCGAGGCACACCGGGGCACGGCCCCGGGGAGCAGCAGACGGCGAGGGGACCGAGGCGGGCGGACGGACGGAGAGGGGCACCGACGGGAUGCGGCCACGCGGGGCCGACACCACGCGACCGGCGGCGGAGGUGGGGUGGCCGCGCGCCACCGCGAGGGGAACGGCCCAAAGCGACCCGGGGGAGGGGACGCGAGUCGGCCGCCGGGGCCCACCGCGGGAUCUCACCGCCACAGGCCCUCCCGGCACAGGGGCGGUCCCGCGGCACCACCCGGGGACGACCGCCUGGCGCCCCCACCCUCGCGGGGCUCACGCCCACCGCCACCCACGGAGCCGCAGCCGACAGGGGACCGGAACGCGGGCGGUCGCACGCGCGGGACGAGGAGAGGCGAGGCCGGCGGCGGCGGCGGGGAGGGGCCGGCAAGCACGCACGGCGGGGGCCGCGGGACAGGGACGCGGGCGCCGUCCGGGGACCAGAGGAAAGAGACCGGGCACGCGGCCGGGCCCCCAGGAACACCAGCGCGGGAUCCCACCGCCACCCGCACGCGAGGGCGGUCCCGCGACGCCCGGGGCGCCGGCCGGCCCCGGCCAUCCCCGGAGCGUGGCCCACGACCCGGCCCCGCCGCCAGGGCCGGCGAGCCGUCCACCCGUCUUCCGCCAUCCAUCCGCGACAGGUCCGUCUUCCGUCUGAGUCCCGAGGCGCGACACCCCGGGCACAACGCUCUCGAGCGAGGCGGCCCGGACCGUGACCGCACGCCGCCACCAGCUGCGGCUCAGGGGGCGGGGGCGGGCGCGACGGGCUCCCCCUCACCAGCCGCGGGGCCGGGGAAGCCGAGGCCGACCGGGCGUCGCACCCCGACCCGGCCCCCCUUCCCCCAGGGCUCACACCACGGGGGGGCCGGCCGCACGCACACGGCCCCCCACCUGCCGGACGCCCGGCGGGGCCCAGCGGGACCCUCCCCCGACUCGGAGGGGGGAGGCGCGGGCCGCGGUAGGCAACGAGCGGCACACGGCCCCACCGCGGGGCCGGCGCACCCAACUCCCUCCCCUCCCACGGAGGGCGGGGGAGUUCUGCUCUGCCCACGUGCUCUGGCAGUCGCCACGGUGGCCACUGCGCACUCGGGAGGGGCAGCGGCUGGGGGGUCCGGUACCCCAAGGCUCCCUCUCGGAUCGCUAGAGAAGGCGUUCUCACCGAGGGCGCGCCGUCCCUCACCCGGACCGUGUCGCCUUCGGGCCCACGGAGGCGCUCCCACCAGCCACCAGUCCUCAGCUGGGCGGGAGGGGUCUGCGGUACAGGGAAGCGGACCACCGCGCAGGAGCGUGUGCGCGGUCAGGGCCAGAGCAGAGCCCGCGUCCCGCCCCCUGCGAGGCCUCAUCCGCCAAGGAAGGCCUCCACGACGAGGGGAACAGGCACGCCUCUCCCUACCGCCUCGACCCCCCGUCCCCCGAAGAGAGCCACUCAACGGGACACACACGCCACCGUGGCGCGGACCCGAGGGGGACACCGGGUUAAGGGAAACGACACCACCACUCGGCCUCAGGCACCUGAGGGACGACCUGGAGCGCUCCAGGGGCACCACCGAGGGUCACGCGAGGCACGCUCACACACCCGCGUGGGGUGCGCAGCGUGGCGGCGGCGGCACAGCCCUCCCCGCCACAGGGAGGGCCGCUCGCCGGGCACACGCCGAGAAGGCGAAGCGAGAGCAAUCUGCGGUGUCAGAAGACCAACGGCCCCCACUGACGCCCCGAGGGGUACCGGUCCGUCCGAGUCUCCGAACGGGGAUUUGGCUUCGAUGUGCCAAAGGAAAACAGAAGACAGAACCGUCAGCGAGGCGCUUCCCACGAGACGAGCGGGCCCCGACCAGGGACCGCGCCCGGGGCCCAGACCGUCCCAGACGGGGCAUCCAGGACGGCCCGAGCCGGUCCCCACCUCCCGACUGGGAUUCAGAGAGUCGGAGAGGGGACUUUGACAGAGAAAAAGCACGUGUGCCGGGAGACGCCUCGGGCGACCGGACCCCACGGGGGGGACCGCACACGCGCCUCCCCCGGUCAACCCUCGGGUCCCCGCCUCCGGAGUGCGACGCGGAAAACACCCCGGGCAGAAGGGACCCGAGGGCCCGGACCCAGGCGCGCCCUCCGGCGACCUCCAAGCCACCGUCUGGGCCGGUCCCCACCUCCGGAGCGGGGCCGAGGGCGAAGCACACGCUCCUGAGGGCGGCCCAGGAGGAGUCCGGACCGCCGAGCCCGAGUCCAGGCGCUCCGGGCAGGGAAGACCCUCUCCCCGCCCACCGCGGCGGCCCGGCCCAGGCAGGGUCCGGGCGGUCCGUCUCCGCGGCCGCAGGGGCACGGGGGCACGGGGAGAUGCUGGUCGACCCGGUCAGGCCGCCCCGCAAGCCGGCUCCGGUGCGCCGCGACGGUCACCCUCCUCGGAAACCUAGAGAACCAAUCUCCGGCGACAGCGGGACUGUCCCCAGGCCUCGGCGCCACCGGGACUGUCGCCGCCAGCGUCGCCGGUGUCUGAGAGCUCUGCCUCGGGCCCAGAGGCUGAGUCACAAUCCUCCUGAAAGGCCUCGCCGAAGCUCCAGAGGGGAGGGACAAUAUCCAAGCGGCCGCCAGGUGGCUCCCGACAAGCGACUCGAACGUCCCGAGGACGUGUCGCUGUCGCCGGCCGCCGGGGACGCCACCGCGCCGGCCGCCCAGACGCCCGAGCUCGGCCCGGAGCCUCCGCCGCCGAGCGACGCGACGCGACGCGACCCCGGCCGCAGAGGAAGGGAGAGACGCUGGGAAGGGUCUCCUCAGGAGGCUGCCACGGAGGAGACUCACUCCCCCACGCGAUUCCGGGGUGCUGGGGGGGACAUUCCACGGAGACGCCGGCGGGCGGUGGGGGCUCGGCGGAGAGAGGGGCACCAGCGGCAUCGCAGACUCCCCCGGAAAGCCGUGAGUCGCGGGCACGCCAUGACCCCGGAUGUCAUCUGCCGUGACGCCCAGUGGUGA